AUGAAUAAAGGAACUUUAUUUGAAUUGGGUUUAUUACCUGUUAUUACUUCAGCUUUUAUUUGGCAAAUUUUAGCUGGUUUGAAAUUAAUUAAUGUUAAUUUCAAAUUAAGAUAUGAUCGUGAAUUAUUCCAAACUGGUCAAAAAUUAACUGCUUUUGUUUUAAGUGCUGUUUUUGCUACUGGAUUGAUUUAUUCGGGAUAUUAUGAUAAUGCCAUUAGAGGUUAUGAUAUCUUGAAAGGUGAUUCUCUUCCAUAUGGUUCAUAUUUAAUUAUAUUUUUACAAAUUACCAUUUGGUCUUGGAUUAUCACCUUGAUUGUUGAAAUCUUUGAUAAAGGAUAUAGUUUUGGAUCAGGUGUUUUAAGUUUCUUGGCUAUUCAAUCUUCAAGUGAUUUUAUUGGAAAAGUCUUGGGAUUGGAAAAUUUCCCAAUUAUUAACUCAAAUAGAUAUGAAAGUUAUGGUGCUUUGUUGAACUUGUUUAGAAAUUUCUCAUUAUUCAAUCCAUCUCAAACCAUUAAUCAAAUCUGGCACUCAUUUACUAGAGUUCAAUUACCAAAUUUGACUCACUUCUAUAUUGCUUUAUUGAGUAUUUUGGCUGUUAUUCUUUUACAAAACUUCCGUAUUGAAUUGCCAAUUAGAUCAUCUAAAGUUAGAGGAAUGAACAAUGUUUAUCCAAUUAGAUUGUUGUACACUGGUGGUUUACCAGUUUUGUUUGCAUUCACUGUUGUUGCAAACAUUCAAGUUUUGGGAUACUUGAUUAUUUCCAUUGCUAACAAAUUUGGAAUUUCUGAAAAGAUUACUUCAUGGUUUGGUAAAUAUGCCCUCAACACAUCUUCAAACAACUUGGUUUUAUCAUCUGGUUUAUUAAACUAUUUCUCAGGUUCAACUUCUAUUUUGUCCACUUUGAUUUCUCCAAUUAAAACCACCAUUUAUACUGUUUCAAUCAUUUUAUUAUCUGUUUGGUUCUCCCUUAAAUGGAGUUACAUUUCUGGUGGUUCUCCAAAAGAUAUCGCCAAACAAUUUAAAGAUCAAGGUAUUUCAUUAUCUGGUAAAAGAGACAUUUCAAUUGCUAAAGAAUUGGGAAGAGUUAUUCCAGUUGCUUCAGUUAGUGGUGGUUUCCUUUUAGGUGUUAUUGCUUUAGUUGGUGAAUAUUUGGGUGGUUUAGGUAAUGGUGUUGCUGCUAUUGUCGGUAUCACUUCUACUUUUGCCAUCUUGGAAGAAUUCAUGAUGGAAUACCAACAAUCUGGUGGUAGUAACGGACAAUUCGCCAAUGCCAUGUCUGGAUUCUAA